UCGGAAGUUGCCUGUGUUUACAAAAUGUUUCAUCCGGUUUGUGCUAUCAGCUAGCACACCUGCUAAAGUUCUGUUAUUUUCUCACUAGUCCGGACCAUUUUCUACCGAGGCGCAACAUCAACAUGGCUUCUGUGACACCAGCAUGAUGUUGAGUUAAUUAAAAUGUGACUUUAUGUGCAGUAGUUAGAAGCAGAGCUCUUUACAUUGUUAGCUCGUAGCUGUGUGGUAACAACAGAUGUUCUGCAGCAUUGAUUUAUUUCAACAGGUGUUAGCUUUAAGAAAGCAACAUUAGUGGGGUGAAUUUUCUUUUUUUAUGUAUCCUGAAUAUUUUCCGCCUAGAAACGUUUAUGUUAGUCUAAAUAUCAUUGGUUUUACGUAUCUGGUUACGAUCUGUAAACUUAGCAAGAGUUAAAUGCUACUCUCUUACUUGUUGGAAAAAGAAAAAAUUAAAAAUUGCUAGCCUGUCAUGAUAUUCGGCCGUGUGCUGUUGAGCCUCAGUUUGCACAGGUCGAAAAGUGUUUGCUCACAAAGACUGAAUAUUGUAAAGGAUCUCCGAGUUUGGAAGCUGCAUUCAACGUUUACCAACAGCUGCAGCAAAUUAGAAGCUCUUAAACCACCGGUAGACGGAUUCAGACCUCAGAUAACAGUCCAGUCCUGUGUCUGUUUACCAGCAGUGAGUGUUAUGCAGCCAGCCAGCAUAUCCUAUGAAGGUCAGGGCAAUGCUGUGGCCCCUGCGGGUGAAGAUGACGAGGAGGAGGGUUGUACAGGUGGGGCUGAAACCUUGGUUGAAGAGGAGAGCAGAAUGCAACAAGAUAAAAUUAGUUUAACCAGUCAGGUUGAUGCGAUCAGCUUGGAGGUCCAUGGAAGCACCGCAGGCGCAGAAACCUCUACAGGGUUAACUCCGGCAGUGUCAAGUGAAAUAAAAUCAAAGAGGAAGAUGAGGAGAGAGAGGCUAAAGCUGAUGAGGAGGAAGCUAAAAUCAGCUGAAGCGUCUGCCAACUUAAUGUCAGAGCUUCCGUUUGCUCUGACCAGUCCCACCACAUGGAAAGAGCUUGGCUUUCCCACACCAGAGACAUCUGAGCAAAAGAGGAAGAGAAAAAGAGGAGACAUAGGGGGCAGAAUGGACAGCGAGGAGGAUGGUGACCAGAAGAAAAAAAAGAAAGAGAGCCAAAGACCAAACUACUUUGUCUCCAUUCCCAUUACCAACAGUCAGAUAAAGUCACUUGUGAAAGAGGUGCAAGAGGCCAUACUUCAGCAGGAGCCCCGACUCGCCAAAGCCAUGAUCCCAGUCCCGACCCUUCACAUCACACUACUGGUCUCUCAUCUGGCCAGUGAGGAGCAAGUAGAGCUUGCGGCUGCCGUGCUGGCUCAGGCCGAGCCGUCAGUGGCUGAGCUGCUGGGGGGGCGGGACCUGGUGCUGCCCUUCUCGGGAAUCCGUCAUUUCAGGAAGGAGGUGGUGUUUGUUGGGCUGGACGGCGGAGAACACAGACACACACUGGACAGCCUUGCAGAGUUGGUGCGCAGACGUUUCGAGGAGCAAGGUCUCCUACAGGGAGACUGCCGUGACUUUGAGCCCCACCUCACCAUCAUGAAGCUGUCAAGAGCGUCAAAACUCCGAUUUCAGGGAAUAAAACGAGUGGAACCAGGCCUUUACUCUGACUACACAAGCAAAUUUUUUGGGAACCAGACAGUGGAGCGUUUGGAUUUGUGUUCCAUGUUAAAAAAGAAGCAGCAAGACGGAUAUUACCACACCGAGACUUCACUACAACUAGAGUUGACUCAGAGUCCGAGCCAUGUCAAGCGCUCAAGUGGACGCCGCCGCUCGGAGCCCGACGAGGCCGAGCUGCUGAGGGUCAGCAGGAGGUUGGUGGAGGACGCCGUCAGCCGCGCCUUGCAACAGUACAAACAGGAAACGCUUCAAAACGGGGGCGGGCCCAACGCCGCAGCGCUCCAGACGCCUGGAAGCACAGAGGAGACGAAGACGGACACUACAGCUAACUCCUCCACGGACAACAGGAAGUGAGAUCUUUGCGUGGAGGCGCACAGACUCUGAACAUCCAGCGGCCCAGAAAAGAUCAGCUGGGCCUGGCUAAAGAGGGGGAGCGGUGCGGUAAGACCCGCCCUGAAAGCCAGAACCAAUCACAGCACGCCUCCCACUUGAGCUAGCUGGGCAAAGUGCUCAAUAAUUAGAUAAUAUAGCUUCACGUCCUAGCAGUGGUGACUGUCCUACCUUGCUAAUUAAUUUGCCGCUGCCCAGACAUGGACGUAUGUGAAGCACUCCUCUAAACACAGGCUUCUCUGUGAGCUGCCACAACAAACUGCCCAUUCAGAGUAGAGAGGGUUCAAUUUUCUAGGAAACGUUGGUUCGACUCCGAAUGAGCUCGGAGACGUCCUUACGGUCAGUUUCACCGCUCAUCACUGUGUGGCCCGAGCCGGUCUGACUCACCGAGGCCGGAUUCUUCCAACUUGAAUUGUGGUUCAGAGUGUCCGACUUUGGUCCUCGCACGCCUUCGUUUGUCCGGCUGCCGUCUUCAGGACAUGGGUUUUCUUUAGCCUUCCAGCAUUUUAACUGUUCAGACGUCUGCCUCCACCAGCUUUACGUGUUGUGUGAGAGUCCUGCAUUACCCAAGUGACAAUCCUUUAGCUCGGUGGCUGCUGACGGCGGGUUUUGAAGCCGAUCUGGACUCCAGCGUCCAGAUUCUUCCACGCAGUGCAUUAAAAUAACAGAUUAAUAACACUAACGUCGCACAGUCCGGGAGGCCUGGUCGCAGCGAACGCCAGAAAACAACACAAUGACUUGCUGCCAAGAACACAUCUGUACUCGGAUCAAUGCCAAAACUGACACCAUUGUAUUGCUUUCCUAUCUACUGUCUAUUCUGUUUGAAAGAGUGGAGAUAAGAGUAUUCAUUUUAUGUCUGCCGUUUUAAAAUCUUGAGGCAAACUCUUUGCGCUGAAUUGUCGAAAACAUGCUGGAGUCUGGCUGUUUGAGGCUCUGCGGCUUUUCUUUCUGGACGUUUUUAAUCGUAAUCCGAGAAGCUUUUUGUUUGGUGGAAAGCGUGCGGGCAGCGAUUCCAAUGAAAGCUCACAAGGUCUUCAGUUUACCAUCUUAUAUUUGUUUCUCGUUUUUGAUUUGAUUGUCUUUGCGUCGCGUGCGGCCUCGCAGAUUAUUUAAUGAAUUUACGGAGAAAGCUCCCGGAGAUAUUUGACAGUGAAGAAUAAAACAAAGAUAAACGGAGUCAUUUCAUUACUUUUAAAGUUUAAUUUGCUUUCAUGCGAAAGCUGAAUCUGUUCUCGGGAAGUUAAAUCUAAUUUAAUGUCUUUUAAAAAAUUUAAAAAAAUUUCUGCUAUCUACAAGUAAAAUUACAUUUUUGAAAAUCUUAAAAGCACAGAAUUUUACAUUUUUCUUUUUAACUGUUUUUUAUUAUUAUUAUUUCAGCUUUGAUGGUGGCAUUACCAAUUUUGUGGUUAUAAGUUACUUGGCGUAAUGAUAAGUAGGUAACAUUUCUAAAUGAAAAUAUCUCCUAAAUGUCAACCUUUGGUUUAAAAUUUUGUAGUAAAAUAAAAAAAAAAACUACCAAACGUGGAAACAGCCUUUGUGUUGAAUUUGAGCUAUUUGCAGUUUUCUUUCUUAGAAUCCAAACAGCUUGGAGCUUGAAAUUACAGUUCAGGCCCUGUGAAAUCCACUGAACCACCGUCACUGUGGGCAGCAGCUCGUUCUGUCUCAAGGUGGACUUUGGAGGCUUUUUGUUUGUUUGCUUUGAUCUUUUGCUGUCACCAGAUCCUUAAAUCUCCAUGAAAAAAUCCCCUUUAAAUGCAAAAGUUCUCAUGUUGGCCUCUGUGACUGUUCAUCUGUCUCUGAAAGCCUGCGUGUGUGUGGGCGUGGGUGUGCGUGUGUGUGUGUUCUCAUUCACAUCGUGUACAAGUUGUUUGAUCAGUGGAUCCCCUUAGAAACUCCUGCCUGUAUCAAUCAAGACACCAUUUUGUCCUGUGUCAAUGACAAAUGGGCCUUUUUUGUUUGUCUUUCCAUGUAUCCACAUGUAUGUUGGGAGAUGUGUGUAUGAGUGUGUGUUCUUUGUACCGUGUAUUGUACAUCUUGUUCUGCCAUGUCUGAACAAUAAAACAGGAUAUGAGAUUUAAAACCAA